AGUCCAGUGUGAAGACAUUGCUGGCAGCUUACUUGUAAUAACCUACAUUGAUUGUGUUUUCGAAGCUUUUUCGAGCGUUAUUCGUAUGAAUUACACACAAAGCAGGAGGCGUCUCUUUACAUUUAGUUGUAUCAUCUGUGUUGAGAGGACGAUGCCUUUGAGGACGGCUUUUCUCCUGAUGGUGCUGACCGCAUCUGCAUAUGAACUGGAUCAAAACGAGUCUUAUUCGCCGGAGAACACGCUUUUCUGCCAUAGCCCUUCAGAUGUGGCACGCUGUCUCAACAGUGCCCUCCAAGUUGGCUGCGGGGCCUUCGCCUGCCUGGAAAAUUCAACUUGUGACACAGAUGGCAUGCAUGACAUCUGCAAGUCCUUCCUUUACAGUGCUGCUAAAUUUGACACUCAGGGUAAAGCAUUUGUGAAGGAGAGCCUUAAGUGCAUUGCCAAUGGCAUCACCUCGAAGGCAUUCCCCACCAUCCGCCGCUGCUCCACCUUCCAAAGAAUGAUAUCUGAAGUCCAAGAGGAGUGUUACAGCAAGCUGGAUAUCUGCACUGUUGCCCGAUCAAAUCCAGAUGCUAUUGGCGAAGUGGCACAGCUACCAAGUCACUUCCCCAAUAGGUUUUAUGGGAAGCUGCUACAGAGCCUGAUGGACUGUGAUGAGGACACGGUGGACCGCGUUAGGACCAGCAUGGUGUCGCGGCUGGGCCCAGAGAUGACCAUGCUUAUUCAGCUGCUGCAGAACAAGCCCUGCCCAUCCACUGCUGUGGCUGCAGCUGCCGCCAUCCCAACUGGAGUGGAGGGUCGUGGGAGUUGGCGCUGGUCCAUGGGUCCCCAUAUGUACAAGAUCCAGCCUAAUCUGCGAAACAGAGACUCCGCCAGUCAUUUUGGCAAAAAGCGCUCUGCCGGCGACAGCUCCUAA